AUGAGUCAAAAGGAAGGUUCCGGCGAGGUUCAAAUCUCUGCUUCCGGUGUUCAUAUUAUGAAGGUUAGGCAGGAAGCCGGCAAAAAGAUGAAGGACGCCAAGAAGAAGAAAGCUAAGGACUCAAUCGGAGCGAGAGUCAAGAGGAUGAAGAAGAAAGGUGGCAAGAGCGCCUCCUCUGGACCUCACUUUCCCUCGCUCUUGAAGAGUCAAGACGUCGUCAAGCUCACGUAUAUCUCUAAGUGUCAUCUUAGGUUCCCUCUCCCCACCCUCUUGCUAGAUCUCCUAGAUCAUUAUCAACUGGCCCUUUCCCAACUUUGUCCCUCGGUCAUCCGAGUGAUAAAUGGAUUCAUCACUAGGGCUAAGGAAGAAGGAGUCAUCGUGGGGCUGACCGAGCUAAUGAGUCUCUUCCUGAUAAAGGAGAGCACUAACAAGGAUGGCGGAAGCGAGAUUGAGGACCCUGUCAAGUUAUCCGGUAAACUUACCAGAGCUCUCUACAGGAAGCUGCAGCACAGCCCUAAUACUUGGGGAGAUUAUACUACUUCGAGAGUUGGAUCAGCUAGGUUCCCUGAACGAUACCAGGCUUCCUUUCCUGAUUCACUCACAGUUGCUGGUCUAGACGGUUCUCCUUAUGGUUCAGUUCCUGAAGGUGAAUCGAUAUUCUCAGUCUCGUCAGGAGCUAGUACCUCAGAAAGGACUCAGUCGCACAAGAUGCCUAUCCAGCCCUCGUUCCGUUCCAGGGGUAGAUCGACUAAACCUGCCAGAUCCUCUCGAGGAAGCGACAAGAAUCAAGGAGGGUCCUUCCUCAGCACGGUGAAAGAUGUCCUUGAUGAUGGAGGCUCUGCUCCUGCCAAAGAUACCAGUCGCUCCGAGCCCAAGGUUCAAGAAGUUGUCCCUCACCCUGAGGUCCCGGAGGUGGAAGCUGAUCCUCAAAUAGUGAAGGAUACUCACGAGUUCGAGCCUCCGAGGAGGAAGAGGUCCAGGACCGACCAGGUUGACAGACCUUCCAGGUCCUCUUCCUCUUCCUCUAGAGGAGGGACCGUCGGCUGGAACUUUACUCACUCGAAUCCAGGAUCAGUAUUGGAUGACUCAUGGGGUUUGGCUACACUGAUGAGGCACAUGAAGAGAACCGGGUGUGCUCUCCCCUCGAUCACCAACCUCUCAAACAAAGAGGAGUACGUUGAUAUUGCCCAUUGCAUGGGUCAGCUGGCUGGAGCUAUCAACAGGGCUCAGUUCAAGUUUGAGGAAACUGUGCACAAUGCCCCCAACGCUGGUGAGCUAGCUCAGGUUACUGAGCUAGUCAGAGCUACUAAGAUGGAACUUGAUCAAGCUCGGGUUCAGGUCUCUGAACUUCAAGCCGAGGUCAGGAGACUUGGCUCCAAGGCUGACAUCCAGCAAGGGACGAUCGAGAGUCAAGCGAUUGACAUCCAGGUGAAGAGCAGGAAGAUUGGGGAGUUGGAUGCUGCUCGGAAGAUAGCCGAGUACCAGGUCAAAGAGCUGAUUGCUUCAUCUCAAGACAACCAGAAGAACAAGGAAGCUGAGAAGAAGUUCUCCAAGAAGAAGGAUGAGGUCGAUCUUCUGGUUUAUGCUCAAGAGCUUCAAGCUAAUACUGAGCUCCUGAAGGACAUGCUGGAUAACGAGAUCAAGAGUGCUGAAGACGAGUACACUCGCUUGGUGGCUAUGAUGCCGGAGGCAGUUGCUGCGUACGAAAAGGCUCAAGUCUCGGACUUCUCGAUCAGCAAGCUCCCUCGUCCUCAACUCUCUGAGAGUUCAGCCCCAGUCGAAGCCACCCCGGGAGGCGAUGAUAAGGAAAUGGAGGAAGAAGUUCCUGACAAGGAAGAUGAUCCAGUUGACAAGAGAGCUGAGAAGAGCUCAGGUGAUAAGGAGGUUUAA